AUCUGGCUUGAUGCACGGAACAUCAAAACAAAGAGACCUACAAAGAAACUCGACUACAAAUACUUGGGGCCAUUCAAGAUUACUCGACAAAUCUCAAGUCCCGCAUUUCAACUUCAAUUACCAUCGUCCAUGCCAAUUCACAAUGUAUUCCACAUCAGUCUACCUGAACCUUAUAAAUCAAAUCAAAUGCCAAAGCACAUCCAACCACCACAACCACCUGUGGAAAUCAAUGAUGAACUGGAAUAUGAGGUUGAGAAGAUACUGGACAUGAAGGUAAAUGACCCCUUCAGAGAACCUGAACGCUAUCUGGUAAGAUGGAAAGGUUAUGGACCGGAGCAUGACACAUGGGAACCACCAUCACACCUUAACAAUGCUGCAAAGCUACUUGGGGAGUUUCAAGCUUCACAUCGCAGCGGCGGUGCCAAGGAGCAUAGCAGACCCUCAGGACAAUUGCGUUCUCCUCAGAAUUUGACAUAG